AUGUCAUUAGGAAAAUGGCAGUGGGGGGAACCCGAGCUGCUGCCCAAAGCCAACCCUGAUGCCCUUCUUGCCUGGCAUCUCCUCAUUGAGAGCUUCCUGCUUGAAGGUUCAGAUGCCUUUAAAGGGGUAUGGUCUCAGCAGAUUCCAGGUGGCAUCUUCAACAAUACACAGGGCAACAUCUUCAACAACACUCAAGUCAUCAUUGGUGGCCAAUCCCAAAUUGUGUCCAUCAACUGGCAAUGGCGUGUGGCUGUCAUUGAGCAAAGCAGCUUCAAUGGGUCCUGGAAAACCAUCUGGAACUACAAUGCGGGUGUCAUUGCAACCAAAGUCCCACAACAGAACGCCUGCUACAUUUCCACCAUGAACAGAAGCCAGAUGCCCCUCUUUGAUAACCUGGCCCGCCUGGCAGAAGAGAGCAGGAACAUGAUUGGCCUCUUUGGAAGACAUACCGAGAUCACCUAUGUCGCCAGUGGACUGGUCAACAACCUCUACUCCUAUGGAGCAGACAUCAUGGCUACGUGCAGCGGGUUCACCACCUAUAUGGCUUACGAAGUUAACUCUUUCCAAGGACCCCAGGUGAAUCUGGGACCAUGCAUGACCCUCGAUGUCCUGAGAGUUGUAGAGCUGAAGUACUGCAAUAGCAACGGCAAUUGGAAUGGCAUCUGGAACAACAAUUGGAAUGUCAUCAUUGGUGGCCAGUCCCAAAUUGUGACUAUCAACAGACAAUGGCGUGUGGCUGUCAUUGAGCAAAGGAGCUUCAGCAGGUCCUGGAAAACCAUCUGGAACUACAACACGGGUGUCAUUGCAACCAAAGUCCCACAAGAGGACACCUGCUACAUUUCCAUCAUGAACAGAAAUGAGAUGCCCAGCUUUGAUAACCUGGCCCGCCUGGCAGAAGAGAGCAGGAAUCUGAUUGACGGUUUUGAAAGUCCGACCACGGGGAUCACCUAUGUCACCAGUGGACUGGUCAACAACCUCAACUCCUACGGAAUAGACAUCACGGCUAUGUGCAGCGGGCUCACCACCUACAUGGCUUAUCAAGUCAACAGACCCCAGGUGAAUCUGGGAUCAUGCAUUACCCUCGAUGUCCUGAGAGCUGUGGACCUGAACUACUGCAAUAGCAACGGCAGUAUCAAUUUCCCGGUGAGAAAACCUUAG